AUGGGCGCCGGCGAUGGUCCCCGCGUCGGGGACCGCCCAUUCAAGGACAUGGACGACGACUAUGACGCGUCGUCGCGCCGGAGCGCCGACGAGGAGGCACAGUUCCUAGCCGAAGGAGAAGAAGGCUACGAGCUCGAGGAGAGCACAUCCAGCACGCCCUCGCUGCUCUCGCAGCAAAAGUUCGGCCCUCACGUCCCCCACAAGCGGCACUGCCUCGCCGGACCUCAACCGCCGCGCGUACAUACCAUCCGGCCCGUCCUGCCCGCUGUCCAGGAAGCGCCGCCGCGUCUGCUGGACCUCGUGGCGCCGACGCCGCGCCGAAAGGCCGUCGUCGUUGCCGUGUUCCUGGCGCUGUGGGCCGUCGCCUUCUCCAUUCCACUCGCGUCGUCCCGGGCGAUCAGGGAUGGGCUCGGUAAGGAUGUCAUUAACCUGGACUGCGGCGACACCCUUUGGCGCUUCAAGAAUGGGUGCGGGCUUGACGGUGCCGAUUGCAGGCCCUUUACGAACUCUUCAUUUUCUUUCAGGUGUCCGGCAAACUGCAUGGCUCACAAGUUGUUGAACCCCCACGCCGUCGGUGACCGGGAGAUCGUCUACCAGCCGCUGGUCGUAGGCGACGAGAUCUACCGCGGCGACUCCAUGAUUUGCGCUUCAGCGAUCCAUGCAGGCAUCGUGACGGACCUGAGCGGAGGCUGCGGCCGUCUUCAUCGUGUCGGCCAGCACGCAAGGUUCAAUAGCACGACUAAGAACGGCAUCGAGACCGUUCCGUUUGACUCGUACUUCCCGCUGUCGUACAACCUCACUUCGGACCCGUCCCUUCAGUGCGGCAAGCGUGACCCCCGCCAGGCUCUUCUACCGACAUCCAUGUUCUUCACCUCCAUCUUCUCCCUCUUCACGACGAGCCCGGCGUGGCAGUUCUUCGUCUCCUUUGUCGGCAUCUUUGCCCAUGUCAGCUUCGGCUCCGAUCCGCCCACAGCAUCGCGGCACGCUGCCUCCGUCCUGCCGGAUCGUAUCUCCAAGUUCACCGGCCGUCUGCUUCCUGCACUCUUCUGCGCCGCCGUGCUCUACCGACUCUGCGUCAGACGAACCCUCACAGAUGUGAGGGCCCAGUUCGAGAAGACGGCGCUCUGGUUGGGAGGGUUCUGGUUCGGCGCGCUGUCGAACUAUACAUUUGGAUGGAUGCCGAUCCAGCGCCUCACGGCACACGACAUUGAGCACCAGCCUGGCGCCAAGCCCGCGCUGGCUCUCAUCCUGAUCAUCCUGACCUUUGUGAUGGCCAAGCAGGUCUACUUCUUCUGGCUCGAGGGGAGACUACCUCGGUUUCUUGCGCUCUAUGCGCUUUUCCUGGCUGCCGUCAUUGUCGGCGUCUCAAUUCCGGGCGUGGACCUCCGCGUGCACCAUUACAUCAUGGCAUUCUGUCUGCUCCCUGGUACCAGCAUGCAGACGCGGACGUCUCUGUUCUACCAGGGGAUGCUGCUGGGCCUCUUCGUCAACGGCAUCGCGCGAUGGGGCUUCGACUCGGUUCUUCAGACGCCCGAUGAGUUGCGCGAGGACGGCCCCUUCAACUCGCUGCUCCCGCAAAUUGCGAAACCAAUCUUCUCCACGGGCUCCUUUGAGCCCAGUGUGACCUUCAGCUGGCUCGUACCGCCAAAUAUCGCCAACGAGUUCGACGGUAUCAGCGCUCUAGUCAACGACGUCGAGCGGUUCCGGUAUUAUUUUGCCGAUGGCCCCGUCCACAACGAGUUUGUGUGGUUGAGGAAGGCCAAGAUGGUGCUUCCCGAGUAUUUUAGAUUUGCGUACACGAAGGACGGUGUGACGCUAGACUAUACACAGGCCGGGACCUGGUUCUCGAACGGGUCGUGGGUGAUGCCUUCAUAG